AUGGGCGAUGUUCCUUCUGAUCAGACCAAGUCACCCCGGGGAGCAGCUGUGGAAGAAGCCUCAUCUACGCGAAAACCAUCUGUGUCGACGAGGGUACAUGGUAUGUCGUCUGACUUUCCCAAAACGGCAUUUGUGUGCGCACCACAGCACAACACCUGGGACCUUUUCAUGCUGAUGUGUCCGACCUUCUCUCCUACAGACACCAAUCCACCGGGCCACACGCAGUCGACACCGACACAGUCGGUUGCCCAAGCGUUACGUCCGGUAGGUGUCGAGUAUUAUGCCGGUCCUCAUGGCUUUGUCACAACAGCAACCGGCCAGGGUGGUCGGCCAUCUGCCCUAAGCAUGGGUGAGAUGAGUUCUGCAUUGCCUAGCUAUCAGCCACCAGCCAUGCCCUUCGACCAGCAAUCCAUGCAACAGCAUUUCCUUUCUCUGCAUCAGUCUCAGGGCAUGGUAUACCCUAUUCCACAGAUGUCCCAUUUUCCUGGGCAGGUACCAGGUGGGAAUCCGGCCUAUAAUAUUCCUUAUUCUCCAGCAUUCCAGACUGCCUACGGUCAGCAAUCUCAGCAUGCGCAUCUUCAUGGUGCUUCUGGAUAUCAACCAUAUAUACAAAGCUCGCCGGCCCACCAGAGUACGGUGGUCUCAGGUCAAGCCCCGGUCUACGGCCAAGCCUACUAUCAUCCUCAGCCAUAUGCGCCUUCGUUUGGUCAAACUAUGCAAGCCGGGGUUCCGAUGCACCAGCGCCAGCAAGCUACAGAAUACAUGACUCACCAGGGGGCUCCCAGCUCUGCGACAGUUGCGCCUCGAAAAGAACCAGAACGUCGUCCGUCAACGGCAGUUUACGAUGUUGCCAGCACGAUCGUGGAUGGAUCCUCUCCUGGUCAGACCGGCCGGGCGAUGUCGCAGAUGCAGGACUCAUCCCCGCAACGGCUACCGUCAAUCUCAGGGCCAAGUACUCCGCGGGGGCCUCCCAGGAAGCCGAAACAGUCGGGACAUGCUUUAUGGGUUGGAAACCUGCCCCCGGGUGCCAACGUUGUCGACCUCAAAGAUCACUUCUCUCGUGACGCCACCGACGACAUCGAAAGCGUGUUUCUGAUCUCGAAGAGCAACUGCGCCUUUGUGAACUAUAAGACCGAUGCCGCAUGCACCGCUGCCAUGGCUAGAUUCCAUGAUUCAAGAUUCCAAGGCGUGCGCCUUGUCUGCAGACUAAGAAGGGGUUUAACCAUACCGGGCUCCAGUGUAACCACGACCGUUCCAUCAUCACCAGCGACACAAUCCCCACGGACCCAAGAAGGCCCCAUUGAUUUUGUGGACGAAGAAGCUGGAUCUUCUCAAGAAAGCGGAGCUGCAAACGAAGGUGCUCCAGAGAAGCCCCAGCCGCCUUCCACGGCCAGAGUUCCGGAAAGGUACUUCAUCGUCAAAAGUUUGACGGUGGAAGAUCUUGAGCUGAGCAGGCAGAGUGGCAUUUGGGCUACCCAGGCUCAUAACGAAGCUACCCUGAACAGAGCAUAUGAGACUGCGGACAAUGUCUAUCUCAUAUUCUCUGCCAACAAGUCUGGAGAAUAUUUCGGGUAUGCACGGAUGAUAUCUCCAAUCAAUGACGAGGAAUCACAAACGCUAGAAAUGCCAUCACGCCCAAACGUACCAGCCGAACCGGAGAUCCUGAAUGUCACUGCCACGGAGGCAACGGCGACAGCACCUAAGGGCCGUAUCAUCGAUGAUUCUGCCCGAGGAACCAUCUUCUGGGAGGCAAAUUCAUCGGAAGACGAGGACGACGACGGCACACGGAGCGAGAAAAGCGUGGAAGAGACGACCGAAGAAGCUGGGACAACCGGUACUCAGUCCUUCGGAAAGCCCUUCAGGAUUGAGUGGAUGUCGACUGGUCGUCUUCCCUUCUAUCGCACACGCGGUCUCCGUAACCCGUGGAACGCCAACCGCGAGGUCAAGAUUGCUCGAGACGGGACGGAGAUCGAACCCAGCGUCGGAAGGAAGCUUACGCAGUUGUUCCAUGUCCAACCUACGGCUUCAUCCACGUCACUGGGCUCAUCUAGCGGACAACCGCACUCCUAUCACCUGCCGCCGCAGUCUCCUUAUUGA